UAAUUUUCCCACCCAAAAUAUUCCAAACCCUCCCACCCCCAUAACCCCGGGAGUGAAAAAAAAAUCAGUUGCGCGGCCUGGGGAGGUUGUUAGCCUUCUUGUUCUUGCUCGAAACUCUUCUCACUCCCGGAUUCCUGCGCAAUUCUCAGUUGACCAAAGAGAUGGUGAUGGAGAAGCCAAGUCCCCUGCUUGUAGGGCGGGAAUUUGUGAGGCAGUAUUACACACUGUUGAACCAGGCCCCUGACUAUUUACACAGGUUUUAUGGAAAAAAUUCUUCAUAUGUUCACGGUGGUUUGACUUCAAAUGGAGAUCCAGCAGAAGCAGUAUAUGGACAAGCGGAAAUCCACAAGAAAGUUAUGUCACUUCAGUUCCGUGACUGCCACACAAAGAUCAAGCAUGUGGAUGCUCAUGCUACAUUGAAUGACGGGGUGGUAGUACAGGUCAUGGGUGAACUGUCAAACAAUAGACAGCCAAUGAGACGCUUCAUGCAAACAUUUGUUCUAGCUCCGGAGGGUUCUGUUGCAAACAAGUUUUAUGUCCACAAUGAUAUUUUCCGCUAUCAAGAUGAAGUUUUUGGGGAUUCAGACACUGAGCCUCCGGAAGAGUCUGAGGAAGAAGUAGAGGAACCUGAAGAGCGUCAGCCAUCACCAGAAGCUGUGCAAGAUGAUAGUGGGGUUUACUAUGAUCCAGCUGUGAGUAAUGGAUUGGAGGAACCUUUAGAAGAACACAUCGUUGCAUCAGAAGCAGAACCAGAACCACCUGUGGAGGAGGUAAAGCCUGAGCCUGUGUUGGAGGAGGAAGUUCCUGAGGACCCUGUGGUAAAAUCUCCAUCGCCUCCACCUGCAGAUCCAGCACCUGUUGUAGCUGAGGAUUCCAGGGCGUUCUCUUGGGCUUCAGUAACAAGCAAGAACCUACCCCCGAGUGGCAUUGUCCCUACCACUGGAAUUCCACCUCAUGUUGUCAAAGCGCCAACACCGCAGCCCCGACCAGAGACAAAACCAGAAAUUCAGAUUCCACCACCAAGGCCUCGUGAUCAGCGCAUUAGGGAACGGCAAGGUGUGCCACCUCGGGGCCCCAGACCAGGUCGGAGUGAAAAUGAACCAGGGGAUACAGAGACACGACGCGCAAUCCGAUACCCAGACAGUCAUCAGUUAUUUGUCGGGAACCUGCCUCAUGAUAUUGAUGAAACAGAGCUGAAAGAAUUUUUCACAGGGUAUGGCAACGUGGUGGAACUCCGUAUUAACACCAAGAGUAGUGGUGGAAAGCUGCCCAAUUUUGGAUUUGUGGUUUUUGAUGAUCCAGAGCCAGUUCAGAAAAUCUUGAGCAGCAAGCCCAUUAAGUUCCGAGGAGAGCUCCGACUAAACGUGGAGGAGAAGAAAACCCGGCCUAUUCGUGAAGGUGAACGUAGGGGUGAUGACCGCCGAGAAAAUAGACCAAGAGGACCUGGUGGACCCCGUGGUGGGCUUGGUGGUGGAAUGAUGCGUGAUCGGGAAGGCCGGGGCGGUCUGUCCAGAGGAGGACUAACGCAGAAACCCGGACCAGGAGCUGGAAGAGGAGGUGGACAAGGAGAGCCUCGGUUCUCAGGACCACGCCACUGAAAGUACCCUCACUAGCUGUUGGUGUGAGCUGAUGGUACAGAUGUUCUCUCUCAUGCUCUUGUGAUUCAGCUUUGUUUUUGGAAUGUGAUUUCGACCUGUACAGAUUAUCAUUUUUUCAGUACAGAAAAUGGCCUUUUCUUUUGUUCUCGACUUGUGUAGUAGUCGUCGUCCCACGAAACAUCCUGUCUGAAAUGUUUAUUUGUUUAAGCAAAACGGAUUUUAAAACCAGAAUCUUGAUUUGAAGACAGAUUCUGACUCCAGUGGAUCGGGGUGACUAACAGCUAUGAACUGGAUUUUAGUACCUGCUGCCUCCCAGCUGCUCCAGGAACGUGUUGGCCCUUGAAAUUUGGUGCAUAUUUUUUAAAUUGGAAACCAGGUUGCUUUUUGUUUUGCACAGACAUCCAUCUUCGGAAAAACUUGUAAUGUAGCACUCAGCAAUUUUUAAAGCACUCUAUCUACUUGGCAUAGUGUUCUCCUAUUUGGUAAAGGGAACACAGUGCUAUCUGUAUUUGGAACGGAACCUGUGUGAUCACUAAAUGGUUGAUAAUAAGCUGCAAUGCUGUAAACUGGAGCAAGUUAUCAGUUCCUGUGCAGAACUGCUGUGCUGUUAAGAUCAGGAGUGGACUAAUACAAUAGAUGUAAGUCUUCAACUUUUUUCUUUUAACGUUUUUGUUUUUAUCAUUGGAAGAAUCUUUUACUGUGGGACUUUUUAAAAACAUUCAACUCUGGCAUACUUGACAUCAAGACACGUUUCCUCUGGAAUUGUGAAUUUUUUUUAAACUGUAAAUGCAGAAAACUUUUCUGGUUUAGUUUGUAUUGUAAAGCGUAUGGUUGUGCCUUCUAUUUAUCUCUCAUUCCAAUCUUGGCAAAGUUGUACAAAUAAAUGUAGAUUGCUUUAUUCAA